UAAAGAUACACACACAAGUGUUGCCAUUUGCCCUCACAAAUUAACACACCAACCAUGAACUUCAAAAGCAUCUCCAUCAUCUUCUUCAUGGCCUUGCUACUUCUCCUCCCUUUCUCAGCUCAUGCAGACUGUGACGAUGGCAAAGGAGACCGUGAUAAAUCCAAAGCUCAACCUCUAAAGAUCGCCGCCAUCUUCUCCAUCCUUGUCGCCGGUUCAAUUGGCAUUUGCCUCCCUAUCCUAAGCAAAUGGAUCCCAGUAAUCUCACCGGAGAAAGACUUCUUUUUUGUUAUAAAAGCCUUCGCCGCCGGUGUCAUUCUAGCCACCGGUUUCGUCCACAUCUUGCCGGACGCCUUUGAAAACUUAACAUCUUCUUCUUUGGACUGCCACCCUUGGCAAGACUUCCCCUUCGCCGGCUUCACUGCUAUGAUCGCUGCCAUUGGAACUCUAAUGGUGGACACCAUGGCCACUAGUUACUUCACUACCAGGUUUAGUUCUAAUGAGGCAGCUCUGGUUGUGGAUGAGGCUAAGCAAGCUGAAGAAGGUGGCACGCUUGCUCACAAUCAUGCCGUGCAUGGCCAUGCACAUGUCUCCUCAGAACUCAUGCGCCAUCGUGUCAUCUCUCAGGUGUUGGAGAUGGGCAUUGUUGUGCACUCAGUGAUCAUUGGAAUAUCAUUAGGAGCAUCAGAGAGUCCUUCAGCCAUUAGACCUCUUGUUGUUGCUUUGAGUUUUCAUCAGUUCUUUGAAGGCAUGGGUCUUGGUGGAUGCAUAGCUCAGGCAAAGUUCAAAGUGAGAUCAAUGGUGACAAUGGUGUUGUUUUUCUCACUUACUACUCCAGUUGGAAUAGCAAUUGGGAUUGGGAUUUCUAAAGGUUAUGAUGAGGAUAGUCCCAGAGCUUUGAUUAUUGAAGGACUUCUCAACUCAGCUGCUGCUGGGAUUCUCAUUUACAUGUCUCUUGUGGACCUUCUUGCUGCUGAUUUCAUGAACCCAAGAGUGCAAAAGAAAUUGAAACUUCAACUUCUGAUUAAUAUCUCUUUGCUCAUUGGAACUGGUUUGAUGUCACUCUUAGCUAAAUGGGCUUGAUAUUAAAAUAUUAUUAUAUAUGUAACUUAUCUCAUACUUGUAUGUUUUCUGUUUCAUUUUAGUUUGCCAUUGAAUUAUUAUUAUUAUUAUUCAUUCCUCGUAUGGAAUGUCUUUUAAAUCAAA